CUGUCAUUGAAAAAAGUCAGUCUGAGCAAGAUGGCCGGCCGGACAAGUUCGGUCUUUUAUUAUUGCAUCCUUGCGUUUUAUUUGUUCUUUCUCACCGGUUCUAAUAAUGGCGAAAGAUUCGGUGAUAAACCAAAGACUUUGCACAUCGUCGAAGAUACAGGAACUUUGCAAUACAAGAAGACUAUUAUUAUCAAUAAAGACAGCAACAACCAUGACGAUAAUGGAGAAACGUCAUAUGAACGAACCCGCAGAAAUGCCGAAUCACGGAUUCUAAACAAUAAGCCAAAUAUUACCGUCAAGGUGAACGCUUUAAACGAUUCUCAUCAGCAAUUGAUGGUGCAUUGGGUCGGAGAAGGAUCAAAUGUGAUAAUAUGUCUAGCGAAAGAUAGUACUCCUAUAGCACGCAUGCAAGAAAGCGAUGAAGUAGUUCAAAGUAAUCCUAGUGCUGUAUAUAUAAGCUAUGAUUAUGGAGAUACGUUUGAGAAUAAGACUGAAUACUUCAAAGUUUCUUAUGAAUACAAUGCACGAUAUGCUACUUUAGAUAAAUUUACUAAUCAUCCAAAGAACUAUCAAUAUUGUAUCUUUGUGGACAGCACAAACAGUUUAAUAUUCAUUACAAGGAAUAAUGGCAAAACUAUUAGAAGAGUACCCGUUCCAUUUCACCCAAGUGAAAUUUCAUAUUGCGAAUCAGAUCCACGUGUUGUAUUAAUAUUGGAUAAAGUUGAUCCUAUGAGACAGUUAUGGUUGUCAAAAGACUAUGGAUUUAAAUGGAUAUCUAUACAACAAUAUGUAAAAGCAUUUUUCUGGUCGUCACAAUGCACUAUAUUAGUGGAACGUACAGAACCAUCGGGAUCUAAUACCGUUUUACGAGCAAGAUACGAAGACGUAGUACUUCAUGGAAGAAUGGAAAUACAUGAUUUGUUAAUACAUGACUUUCAACAUAGAUUAUCACUUUCGCCAAUUCUUCGAAAGGAAAUUCCAUUUCUGACAGAAGCAAAUCAUUAUCCAGGAGAGUCUAAUGUAGUAAUCAGAAAUGUUGAAGAUUUUCAAAUCAGGGGAGAUUAUAUGUUUGCAACAUCAAAAUCUUCUAAGAAUGGUUCUUCGGAAAAUUUAGAUUUAUAUGUCUCUUAUAAAAAUCAAGGAUUUGUAUUAGCUCAGUUUAAUACGGAAUUGGAUCGUAAAAAUUAUCAUAUUGCCGAUGUAGCGAACAAUAGAAUCUUUGUUGCAGUUGCUCACAGUGAUACCAUGGUAAAUCUUUAUAUAUCAGAAAUAAUUGAUCAUGAAAAAGCUAUAUUCUCAUUAUCAUUGGAAGGAAUUCUUACAUUCUUCCCUAAUAGUACAUGGAAAGAUAGUUGGCUGAAUGAUGUUGCAGAUGAAGCAUUUACAGACUUGUAUAGAGUAGAAGGACUGCGUGGCAUUUACAUAGCCUCAAAAGUUAAAGGAAGUCCGAAAUUAGGUUCAAUUGGACCGGAACAUUUAGCAUCAUUGAUUACAUUCGAUCACGGAACAACUUGGAAUAAUAUCAAGCCACCUGUAGCAAAUCAUGAAGGAUUUUAUGUUCAUUGUCCACAAAAAGAUUGUUCUUUGCAUCUGAGUCAAAGAUUUAGUCAAUUAUAUCCUGUUACUAGAUCAGUAACGAUCAUGAGCUCGAAAUCUGCGCCUGGUAUUAUUAUGGCCACAGGAGUAAUAGGUUCAAGUUUGAAAGGACAUCUUGCACUUUACGUAUCGAGAGAUGCUGGUCUUACAUGGAAACAAGUUUUGAAAGAUUAUUAUUUCUUCAAUAUGGGAGAUCACGGUGGACUGUUAGUUGCAGUUAAAUAUUUCAAAUCGCGAGGAGAAACGAGAGAUCUUUCAUAUUCUAUAGACGAGGGAGAAACUUGGCAAACGUAUGAAUUUCAUGAAAAAAUGCUACGCGUGUACGGGCUUAUGACUGAGCCAGGUGAAAAUACUACAGUGUUCACGAUGUUCGGUUCGGACAGUGGACAACAUCAAUGGUUAAUAAUUAAAGUUGAUUUGAAAAACGUAUUUGAAAGAAAUUGUAGAGAAGAUGACUUUAAAUUUUGGUCACCGGCGAGUUUGGAUCAGCCAGUUGUAUCGUGUGUCUUAGGAAAAAUGGAAACUUAUCAAAGACGAGCAGCGCGAGCUAAUUGUUACACAGGUGUAAACUACGAUCGACCUAUCAAAUUAGAGAUUUGUCCAUGCGAUGCUAAUGAUUAUCAAUGUGAUUUUGGAUUUCUAAAAGUAGGACCUCCAUAUCAUUGUAUACGUAAUAAGCUUUUAACUAAUGUCGAUCCAUACGCAGUUCCCAGUACAUGUAAGCCUGGGAAAUUUUAUAAACGUACAAAAGGAUAUAUUAAAAUACCAGAUGACGAAUGUAUCGAUGGUCUCGCAAGAAACUUUGAACCAGACGAAAUACCUUGCCCGAUGAAAGAAUCGUUGGAAUUUUUGUUGGUCGCUCAACGAGAACAUAUAUCGCGAAUAAAUUUGGUCGAAGAGAAAUUAGAAACAUUACCCGUCCAUGGUUUGAAAAAUGUUAUUGCCAUAGAAUUUGAUCUUAAAAAAAACUGUUUAUAUUGGGCAGAUAUUGUUAACGAUACUAUUGGUAGACAAUGCCUUAACGAUGGUUUAAGUUCCCCAGAAAUUUUAGUAGAAACUGAUUUAAAUUCUAUCGAAGGAAUGGCAUUUGAUUGGGUCUCCAAUGUACUCUAUUUCGUGGAUGGUGUCAAGAUGAGAAUUCAAAUAAUUAAGACGGAUAUUUCGACAACGGGGAGAAUGCGAAGGACAAUUUUAGGUCCUAAUAAUUUACAAAAACCGAGAGGCAUAGCCGUCCACCCAAUGAUGGGAUACAUGUUUUGGACCGAUUGGGCUCCCGGUAAUGCAUCCGUUUCCAGAGCUAAUCUCGAUGGUACCAAUAUCAAGCGUUUGUUUGUUAAACCAACUGUUGAAUGGCCAAAUGGAAUCACAAUUGAUCAUAUAGCAGAGAGAAUUUAUUGGGUUGACGCCAGAGAAGAUUAUAUUGGCUUCUCAGAUUUUGAUGGAAAAGGAUUUAAGAAAAUCAUAGAGAACGAUGAUCGUGUAUCGCAUCCAUUUGCAGUUGCUGUCUUUAAAGACAACAUGUAUUGGGACGAUUGGAAACAAUCGAUGAUAUUUGUGGCUGAUAAAGAUCACGGAGUUGGUAUAUCGACAGUAAUUGGUCAGAUGACAGGACUGAUGGAUUUAAAAGUAUUUGCUCAUAGCGUACAAACUGGAACAAACAAAUGUGCAAAUAGUACCUGUCCCUAUAUUUGCUUAGGUGCUCCUUACAAUAGUUUUGUCUGCUUAUGUCCGGAUGGAAUGGUAAUGAUCGAUGGUAAAUGUAUGUGUCCUGGCGGUAUUAAGCCAUUUGCUAAUUCAACAUGUCCACGAGUGGCAACUACGUGCUCUGCUAAUCAAUUCCCUUGUCACAAUGGGAUCUGUAUACCUAAAUUCUGGAAAUGCGACGGUGACAACGAUUGCGGGGAUAAUUCGGAUGAAAUUCAAUGUAACAAUAAUAAGGCUACAUGUAGUGCAUCUAAUUUCGAAUGUGACGAUAAUAAGUGCAUUCCAAAAUAUUGGAUAUGUGAUCUUGAUCAAGAUUGCAAGGAUGGCAAAGAUGAAAUGAAUUGUAAAUACCCGAAUUGUUCAGAAACACAGUUCAAGUGUGAUAACAGCCGUUGUAUAUCUUAUAGAUGGUGGUGCGAUGGUGAGAAUGACUGUAGAGAUGGUUCAGAUGAGAAAAAUUGUACUAAGAAUGUACAGCCAAGUUCUUGCAAAUCUGAUGAAAUUUUAUGCCAAAAGGAUCGUACUUGCAUACCAAAAACAUGGAAAUGCGAUGGUGAAAAAGAUUGCGAAGAUGGUAUGGACGAGGAAAAUUGUAGUACAAUGGAAUGUGAAUCUUGGCAAUUUAUGUGUCACGUAUCGCAAUUACACAGAUGUAUUUACAAAUCUUGGGUAUGCGAUGGAGAUAAAGAUUGUCCCGAUGGAUCGGACGAAUUAAAUUGUACUAGAACGACAAUUGCGCCUCCAGUACCAUCUCCAAUAUCGCCUACAAGUUCUUGCAUAGAUUGGAUGUUUACAUGUAAUAAUAAAAAAUGUGUACCUUAUUGGUGGAAAUGUGAUAGCGUUGAUGAUUGCGGCGAUGAUUCCGAUGAAAUGGGUUGCGGGGACAUUGAUCCAACAUCCGAAGUACCAGAAACAACAGAACAAGUUCGUAUAUGCAGACCUUAUCAAUUCCAAUGUCUCAAUGGCGACUGUAUAGAGAAUGCAUGGGUCUGUGAUGGAUCCAAUGAUUGUCUUUCGGGUGAGGAUGAAUUGAAUUGCAAUGUCGUAUAUUGCGGAGAAGAUCAAUUCAUGUGCCGAAGGGAUGGCUCUUGUAUUCCUCUAUCAAACAUAUGUAAUGACGUAGAAGAAUGUCCCGAUGGCAGCGACGAAUUAGGUUGUCAUCCUAAUCAACAUCCAAGUCCAGCUGCGACACCAUCUUGUUACGUCGGUCUAUUCCCUUGCGACGAAACACGUUGUUUCCCUCUUACGUCUUAUUGCGACGAUAAGCCUGAUUGUUUAGAUGGAUUCGAUGAGUUACAUUGCGAUAAGAAUAAUUCUCGCGUUUACCAAGUGCUUGUCAUGGGUGUCGAUGAACGUUUGAUAAAUGCUACUAGUCUUUUCCUUUUCUGGAUGCCAAUACCGAACAAUGUGAGUUUAGAGUUCUUACCAUCUAUCGCACGGAUCGAAUCUGAUGCAAAGUGGACCAACGCUUCUACCUGGAUCGAAGAUACGGAAUAUUUGUUCAGUGGUCUUCAACCUUAUACGCGUUAUAAUCUAACGGUUUAUGUCAAAUUAAAAGGACAAAGUACUGUCUUUCCACCGGCUAAGUACUUGCGAGUUAUGACAGGAGAGGGCAUACCGUCGGAACCAUGGAAUGUAACGAUUACUCAAAAGAACGGUACAAGAGUUGAAGUUUCAUGGCGCUCGCCUUUGCAUCCAAAUGGACCUAUCACCGGAUAUGACGGGUUCAUUUCUCCUCCUACACCACCUUUGCGAUUUUCAUGGCAAAAGACGUCUGGAAUUAUAGAUACCGUAUUCGAGGCUCAUCAAAAUUAUUCAUUUUGGGUCAUUGCAAAGAAUAGGGAACACGAAUCAAAUGCUUCCCAAGUUGUUGUAUUGACCUUUGAUGGUGCAGCGAAUAUUGAUGAUAUAGAAGGUUUGCGCGUAACCGAAACGACGAAUCAUUCGGUGUCUUUAACGUGGAACAAAAUAAAGGACGUGGAUGGAUAUCAUGUUACCCCGAAAGCACCUUCAUUGCAUCCUGCUUUGAAAACAUUGAUUACAAUGGAAAAUGUAAUCGAAGUUACAAAUUUGGCUCCAGGAAAUAAUUAUACAUUUGAGGUUGCUGCGACAAAAAAGAAUUACGUAGGCAAAGUAAAUACUGUAGUUGCUGCCACAAAGGGUACGCCAUUGCCGUCGAUAGUAAAACUUGACGCACAACUGGUUAAGCCACACGGAACAACGGUUAAACUCACCUGGGAUCCACCAAAAAGCCUUCGAAAGAUUAAAUGGCAAUAUGCAAUUUAUUAUGGUCUGAAUAUGCAAGAAUUCUUUAAAGAGUACAGAUAUCUUACUACGAACUUGACUGCUACAAUUAAAGAUUUACAAGCUUGCGAGUCAUACAUCUUUGGAGUUGGCGUCAAUGGGGAUUACGGAGCUGGUCCCUUGAGUCAGCCAGUUGCUGUUACAACUCAUUUUAACGUACGAGCACCACCAAAAAGGGUUAAGGUAUCAAAUAAAAGCGAUAGCAUCAUCGUAUCUUGGAGCGCAAGCUGUCCUACGAUUGAUGAACCGAUCAGUUACACGAUCACACUGACAGAAUUGACGCUUAAUAAAACGAAAAUUGUAACGCUAUUGCCAACAAGCGAAUCAAUUAUGAAACACACGUUUAAUAAGAUAAGAUAUGGUGGAAUAUACCGUGUCGUAAUUGCAACGGAUGUUAAAAACACUAUACCUAGUCAACCGGUAAUUUAUCAUGCACCUCCAAUUUUACCACCUCAUCAAUUAAAGGUAUUAUACAAAGAAGGAAAUUAUCUUGUGUAUUGGCACCAUCAACCUGAUAACAUGGCAAUAAUUACAAAUUACCAUUACGAAAUAUUGGUAGCGGAGGGUUCACGUACAUUAAAUGAAUCCAAUACACAGAUCUUUAAAGCUGAUCAACCACCGUAUAUAUAUAAAAAUGCAAAAUCAGAUAUAAUAUAUACUUUCGCAGUUAGAUUGGUUACCGAAGAAGGAUAUCGAAGUAUAUUGAGCGAAACUCGAAGUAUAGAGAGUCCAACGGUAUGGCCAGUGACUAUGAAUACGUCGAACAUCUUGUCUUUCGCAAUACCAAUUUGUUUGCUCGUCGUAGCUCUGGGCUCAGCGUUAGCAUACUUUGUUGUACGGCACAGAAGAUUGUCUAAUAGCUUCACGCAAUUUGCUAAUAGUCAUUACGACACGAGACGAGGUCAAGCAACAUUCCCUGGUACCACGGAUGGUUUAGCAGAAGAGGAAGAUAGCCCUGUGAUUAGAGGUUUCUCAGACGAUGAGCCAUUGGUAAUAGCAUAAACACGUAAUAUUUACCUAUAUUAUAUAUAUAUAUGUGUAUAUAUAUAUAUAUAUAUAUAUAUAUAUAUAUAUAUAUAUAUGUAUAUGUAUAUAUAUAUGACAUACAAUGAUAUAUAACAAAACGUUAGGAGAAUGUGCCAAAAUAUUAUUAAUCUAAUAAAAUGUUGAGUCUAGGUGAAACUACAAUGAAAGUCAGGAGCUUCUAUAAAAGCUAUGCAAGUGGUUUGAAAUUGAUAAUUUUACUAAAUUGAGAUGUGUACUAAAUGUUACAUUAGUCGAUUCGAAGUAUAUAAAAAGAUACUUUGUAAUACAAUUGUUACAAUAUCAUAUAGAAAUAGAAUACUUAUAUGCAUUUUAAAAUAUCAGAAAUUAGUACAGCGUGAGACGACAUUUAGCCAUUGGAUCCUAUAUUAAAAUUUAUAUAUUUAAAAUAAAAGAGAGAGAGAGAGAGAGAGAGAGAAUGAGAGAGAAAAACAGAAAUUUAAGCUAUAGCAGAAGAAUUAAAUAUCUUGUGGAGUAUUGAACGUGAAAAUUAUUUGUACAUAGUAAAUAUUUUUUAUUGAAUGUGCAGAUUAAAAAAUUUUUUGAUCUGCCAUACAUAAUGCUGUUAUACAUGUUACUAUAUAUAAAUAUAAACAUAUAUACAUGUGUGACUGAGUACGUAUAUACGUAUAUAUGUAUAUACUUAUGUAUGCACUUUAACAACAUAGUAUUAUUUAAUACGAUUUCGUAUUUUUUAUUUUCUAUGUACGUAUACUUUUUAUCUAAAAAUCAAAUUUUCCCUUUAUGCAAUAUAUAAGAUUUCAUAAGAAUGUUAAAUAUAUUUCUACAAGUUAUAAAAUUUAACAUUGUCAGUUUCAGUAAAUUGCAUGUCCAUCAAAUUUUUUUUCUUUCAAUACAGCGUUAUUAAAGUUUUUAUAAUCUGUGUGUUAAACAAGAAUAAUCAGAAUUAUUGUAUGUAUUUUCAUUGAGAAACGCGCAAUCAAUUACAAGCAGAUCUAUGGAAUAGAUGAAAUAAUAAAACUAUUUUAUAACUA